CCGUGGGUGGAUGUGGAGAUGAGUGAGAUGGUUGGUGUUGUUGGAGAAACGUUGAUGAUUUCCUGUUACGCUGUGACCACAGAUCACUCGGCCGUGGUCAGCUGGACCCACUCAGCAGGAAAGGAACUUCAGACCAGGACCUCAGUGACCCAGAACCAUGAUGGUGUUCAUAUGACCAGUGUGCUGAUUAUUCCUAACGUCAGCCAGUCCGACGCUGGGAAUCUGACCUGCAUCGGGAAAAGCUCAGCAGGAGUAAAUACAUCCACCGUCUCCCUGAGGAUCAUGGAGAGGCCGUACAUUCUCCUCACCCCGCUGAUGGCGUCUGGUGGAUCUGACGCAGUGGUGGACCUGAUGGAAGGAAGGACGCUCGAGCUGAAGGUGGGAAUCGACGCUCACCCUGCUGUUCAGGAGACAUGGUGGGACACGCCCCGUCCCCAAAACAUGUCCACCAACCAGCAAACCAUCAACAAGAUCCACAGGAGUUAUAGAUCCGAGGCUUCGUUCUUACUGAGAAGAAUCAGGGGGAGCGAGGGCGGCCGGUACGUCUUCAACGCCAGAAGUGCCAACGUUACCAACUCUACCACAUUCAGAGUCCACGUGUUCCAGAAACCCAGUGUUGUGCUGAGGUGGAAGAAUGGAACUCUGAGCUGUAUCGCCUCUGGAUAUCCAACACCGACCAUCAGCUGGUAUCAGUGUGAACAGUCCCACAGCGAGACUCCCGGCUGUAAUGAAAACACGUCCAGCUCGGCUUUAUCAUCUAACCAGCUCGUGGUGCUUCAGAAGAAGGAAUUCCAGCCUGACCGUGUGGAAAGUGUGUUAAUACGAGAGAUUCAGCCCAACACCAGCAUCAGCUGUGUAGCAGUGAACAGCGCCGGAGAGGAACGAGCCUCGUACCAGAGUCCAGGACCAUAUUCUUCUGUAGCUGCAGAUGAACACUGGAUCUCACGGAUGUUCACCACCAUCGUCAGCGCCGCCUCGGUCCUAUCGGCUCUGCUCUUCAUUCUGUUAGGAGUUUGUAUCUACAGGUGUAAACAGAAACCCAAAUAUGAAAUCAGAUGGAAGAUCAUUGAGAUGAACGAUGGGAAUAACUACACCUACGUCGACCCCACUCAGCUCCCCUACAACACCCAGUGGGAGUUUCCUCGAGACAGACUCGCGUUCGGACAGGUGCUGGGUGCAGGAGCGUUUGGUAAAGUGGUUGAAGCGGCGGCUUACGGCCUGGAAAAAGACGACCGCGUAACUCGUGUGGCGGUAAAAAUGCUCAAACCCAGCGCCCACCUGGAGGAGAAGGAAGCUCUGAUGUGCGAGCUGAAGAUUUUGAGUCAUCUGGGAUCUCAUGCCAACAUCGUUAACCUGCUGGGCGCGUGCACUCGAGGAGGUCCUGUGCUGUUAAUAACCGAGUACUGCAGUCACGGAGACCUGCUGAACUUCCUGCGCAGGAAAGCAUCCAUACUCUUUAACCCAGAACGUUCUUCAUCCUUCUACAGGAACCUGUCUGAUCACCAGCAUCGAGAACAUCGCAACAGCACCAACGGUUACAUGGACAUGCGGGCCAGUCGGACCUCAGACGAUGGUACACAUGGUUCCUCUGAUGAAGGACUGAAGGAUCUGAUGCUGCUGGACAUGAACGACUUACUGAGCUUCUCCAGCCAGGUGGCUCAGGGCAUGGACUUCCUCUCCUCCAAAAAUUGUAUUCACCGUGACGUGGCCGCUAGAAACGUUCUGGUCACUGAAGGCCUGGUGGCUAAAAUCUGUGAUUUCGGUUUGGCGCGAGACAUCAUGAACGAUGAGAACUACGUAGUGAGAGGAAACGCCAGGUUGCCGGUGAAGUGGAUGUCUCCUGAGAGUAUAUUUAACUGUAUCUAUACGGUACAGAGUGACGUUUGGUCCUACGGGAUCUUACUGUGGGAAAUCUUCUCUCUCGGUAGAAGUCCGUAUCCUGAUGUGAAGGUCGACGCCAGGUUCUAUGAGAUGAUUAAGGACGGCUAUCAGAUGUCACAUCCUGAUUUUGCUCCUCCAGAGAUGUAUCAGAUCAUGAUGAUGUGCUGGAAUCUGGAUCCGAACUCACGUCCAACCUUCGGAAAGAUCGUCCAGACCAUCAACACGCUGCUGCCUGAAACCUCGGAGCAGCAGCAGCAGUAUAAGAACCUUCAUCAGGAGCUGAAGGAGAAUUUUUCAUCAGUCAAGUUUGUUUUCAACAAAUCAAACCAGGAUCCACGAGACCAAACACCAGAAGAUCAGCGUCCACUAACCCAGUCCAAUAACUACCAGAUCUACUGAUCCAUAUACCAUGGUCCAGCUCCAUCUCAUCAUGGUUCAUCUACACGUUCAGCACACAAACACUCAGAACUACACACACACAAAUCCAACAGAGCCGCUUCAGAUUUUAGUUCAAAGCUUUUCCACAUAUACAAAAUUAUAACUUCCUCCACUAAUACAUUCAUGUUUAUGUUUCUGUAACACAGUCAGCAACAAGCAGCUUGUGGUGGAAUCACAGUUUGAGUUGUUAGCCGUAUUGUGGUUAUAUUCUGGUGCUUUAUUCUUAUAUUUACUUUGCAAACUUUUUGUAUAAAAGUAUUUAGAGACUCGAGUUUGUGUGGUGCAGUAAAUACAUUUGAGCUCAUACCUGCAACCAACUUACAGUCGAGAUCUUCAUCAUCAAAACACUCAACUCAAACACUCCCUCACAUCUUUGGUUUCAUAUCUCGGUGCUGACAAACUAUUUUUAUAUAUUUUUUUAUAUUUUUUAUUUUUUUACAUUUAAAAAUCCAAAUAUCUGGACAGUUGUUUGAUUAUAUAUUUGAUGUUAAAAAUAUAAGAAAUCAAUGUAAAUACACAGUAAAUACACAAUCGAAUGCAAAAGUUUGUGCACCGUUUGGCAAACUUCAUGUUUUGUUGUUUUUAUGAGUACGUAUGUGAACUCAUCUUCUUUAAAGAACAAACUUUUACACAAAAUACAGUUUAUUUACUGAAUUUACUGUAAUGUACUGAAAAAUAUUUACAAUAUUAAGAGAUUUUAUGUUAAAUCUAAUAAUAAAACAGUAAUUGUUAUAAUCAUUAUCUUCACUUAACAUAUUAACACAUAUUAAGCUCAUUGUUUAGUAGUGCAGCUACAUUAGCAUCAUUACGAGUGUCAUUCCUAUAUUUUAGUAUUUUGUACAUGCUCUGUUCUGAUAUAUUCAUAUUUUGCUAGUAGUUGAUUUUUUGAGUCCUAAUAUGUUGUUAUUUUUUUAUUU